AUGACCGAGGAACCUGCAAGCGAGGACCCAACAGCUCAACCCACCAUCACCAUGGCAUCAUCCACGCCGGCCUCCGACGAGACGGCGGCCCACAAGCGCACCAUCCUCUUCCUCAACUUCUCCGAGGACACCAUCGAAGACAUAGAAAAAUUCGAACUCCCUAAAUACCUCAAGAGCCGCGCGCGCGUCCUCUGCGCCACCAACCCGGCCACCGCCUACGCCCACCUCGGCGCGGCCGUCAAGCCGUCCGCCAUCCUGAUCGCCGAUGCCGCCCUCACCAACAAUUUCGCGCUGAAGGAACAGCGCGAAGCCGGUGUGUACGGCAGCUACAGGCCGCCCAAGACCAAGGAGGAAGAGAUGAAGCAGUACGGCGCUUUCCUCGCGUACCUCAACACGUACGUCCGCAGCGGCGGCGGCACCGUCGUCUUCUGCAAGAAGUUCAGCGGCGAUUCGAGCCUGCCACACAUGGAAGACGUCUUCAGCACGGCCUUCGGUCUGCCGUGGAAGGCCUUCUGCUACCACCGGUCGACGUUUAUGCUGCGAGUUGAGAACAUGCGCCGUCUGUCUUUGGCGGCCGACCUGGCGCCGCAGUACAGCGUCAAGGCCGUGCACCUCAUGGACGUCGAGGAGAAAGACCGACUGUAUGUACCGCGGAGCGAUAGCUACAUUGAGAGCUUCGUCUUUGCUCCGGAGCCCGUCGACCAGAACGAGACGCCUGUGGCGUGGGCCGACGUGGGCGAAGGUAUGGUUGGAUAUAUUGGCGACGUGAACUCGGAGGAUGGGAGCAAGAGGGUACUGCUGGCGAUGUGCGGACUCUAG